GACUUGACGCCGCCGCCGCUCUUGCGCUCAGGGUGUCCGGGGAGUCAGUAAGGGGGAUUCGGGCUGUUUUUAAGAUGGCGGAGGCGGCCGGAGCUCAGAGCUGAACCCGCUGACUGAUCAGUUGGUGCUGGACUGUCUGCGAGUCUUUACUCAGUGAGUGGAAGGUUGAUCCUCUAUUUUCUGGACUACACUUGCGGCCUUGUAUCAGAGUUUUUCAAUGCAGUUUUUCCUCUCAUUUUACGUGCCCUGCUGGUUUCAGCUAGUGUGAAGUAAUCUUACAUUACGAAAAUGAAAGUAGACAGGACGAAGCUGAAAAAGACGCCAACAGAGGCGCCUGCCGAUUGCAGGUCUCUGAUUGAAAAGCUGAAAGCAUGCACAGAUGAACAGCUUCUGUUGGAGCUACAGCAAAUCAAAACCUGGAAUAUAGGAAAGUGUGAGUUGUAUCACUGGGUUGAUUUGCUUGAUCGCUUCGAUGGAAUUCUGGCAGAUGCCGGUCAAACAGUGGAGAACAUGUCUUGGAUGCUGGUCUGUGAUAGACCUGAGAAACAGCAGCUUAAAGCUCUUGUGCUGGCAGUCCUCAACUUCACCGCUUUACUCAUUGAGUACAGCUUCUCCCGGCAUCUUUACAGCUCUAUUGAGCAUCUGACAACAUUACUUGCCUCCUCUGACAUGCAAGUGGUACUUGCUGUGCUAAAUCUCCUAUAUGUAUUCAGCAAGAGAUCCAAUUACAUUACUCGAUUGGCUUCAGACAAAAGAACGCCCCUCUUGUCACGACUCCAGCACCUAGCAGAGAGCUGGGGAGGUAAAGAAAAUGGCUUUGGUCUUGCAGAGUGUUGUAAAGAUAUGCAAAUGUCGAAAUACCCACCAAGUGCUACAACUCUACAUUUUGAGUUUUAUGCAGAACCUGGGUCUGAAGUUAAAAUUGAAAAAAAGGCAUCCAGUAAUACACUACAUUAUAUACAUAUAGAACAGCUAGAUAAGAUUUCUGAAAGUCCCUCUGAGAUAAUGGAAUCUCUCACCAAACUGUACAGCAUUCCCAAGGACAAGCAGAUGCUUUUGUUCACACACAUACGAUUGGCACAUGGCUUUUCUAAUCACAAGAAAAGACUACAAGCUGUACAGGCUAGGCUGCAUGCAAUCUCUAUAUUAGUUUAUUCCAAUGCCUUGCAAGAAUCUGCAAACAGUAUACUUUACAAUGGGUUAAUAGAGGAAUUAGUUGAUGUGUUACAAAUAACUGAUAAACAACUUAUGGACAUUAAAGCUGCGUCUUUGAGAACUUUGACCUCAAUUGUUCACUUGGAAAGAACACCCAAGUUGAGCAGCAUCAUAGACUGCACUGGCACAGCCUCGUAUCAUGGCUUUCUACCCGUUUUAGUCCGCAACUGCAUUCAGGCUAUGAUUGACCCAAGUAUGGAUCCAUACCCUCACCAAUUCGCCACAGCACUUUUUUCCUUUUUGUAUCACUUAGCCAGUUACGAUGCUGGUGGAGAAGCGCUGGUAUCCUGUGGCAUGAUGGAAGCACUUUUAAAGGUUAUAAAAUUCCUUGGAGAUGAACAGGAUCAGAUUACAUUUGUGACGCGAGCUGUGAGAGUUGUUGACCUCAUUACAAAUCUUGACAUGGCAGCCUUUCAGUCUCACAGUGGGCUGACCAUAUUUAUUUAUCGACUGGAGCAUGAAGUUGACCUUUGUCGGAAAGAGUGUCCAUUUGUCAUCAAACCCAAAAUUCAGCGCCCCACUAAUGUUCAGGAUGGUGAAGAGAUGGAGACUGAUAUGGAAGUGACUGACGUAGCUAUGGAGAGCAGUCCUGGUCCUUCCACCUCUGCAGAGCCUCGUCCUGUGAGCAUAAGCACCAGUGCUGGGCAUGUAGUUACAUCCCGGUCAGGUAAAGGGGUGCAAUGCAUUCCCCAGAGGGCUGCUCUCUUGAAAUCUAUGCUUAAUUUCCUUAAAAAGGCUAUCCAGGAUCCAGCCUUUUCAGAUGGAAUUCGCCAUGUGAUGGAUGGAACUCUUCCCACAUCCUUGAAACACAUAAUCAGCAAUGCUGAAUACUACGGCCCUUCCCUCUUUUUACUAGCUACAGAGGUAGUAACAGUGUUUGUAUUCCAAGAGCCUUCGUUGUUAUCUUCGCUUCAGGAUAAUGGGUUGACAGAUGUCAUGCUCCAUGCUCUCCUAAUUAAAGAUGUUCCUGCUACCAGGGAGGUUCUAGGCUCGCUCCCUAAUGUCUUCAGUGCCCUCUGUCUGAAUGCCCGGGGACUGCAGUCUUUUGUGCAAUGCCAACCCUUUGAAAGGCUCUUUAAAGUGUUGCUGUCUCCUGAUUAUCUUCCUGCAAUGAGGAGGAGGAGAAGCUCGGACCCUCUAGCUUUGACCUCUCUCCGGUCUCCUGCAGGCGAUACAGCCUCUAACCUGGGCAGUGCUGUUGAUGAACUGAUGAGGCACCAGCCCACGUUAAAAACAGAUGCCACCACUGCUAUUAUUAAGCUCUUAGAGGAAAUAUGCAAUCUGGGAAGGGAUCCAAAAUAUAUCUGUCAGAAACCAUCUAUUCAGAAGUCUGAUGGCACAGCCACGGCUCCUCCACCGAGAUCUAACCAUGCGGCAGAGGAGGCUUCAAGUGAGGACGAGGAAGAUGAGGAAGUACAGGCAAUGCAGAGCUUCAGUGCAAACCAGCAAAGUGAAGUUGAGCCUAUUGCACAUGUUGUGGGAACUGAGGAGAGAAUUCCCAUUCCUCUUAUGGAUUAUAUUCUCAAUGUGAUGAAAUUUGUCGAAUCUAUUCUGAGUAACAACACGACGGACGAUCACUGCCAGGAAUUUGUGAGCCAGAAAGGCCUUCUGCCUCUGGUCACCAUUCUUGGCCUGCCCAAUCUACCUAUUGAUUUUCCUACCUCUGCUGCCUGCCAAGCCGUGGCUGGUGUCUGCAAAUCAAUUUUGACUCUAUCUCAUGAGCCCAAGGUUCUUCAAGAAGGGCUACUUCAACUGGACUCCAUUCUAUCAUCCCUGGAUCCUCUUCACCGGCCCAUUGAGGCACCAGGGGGCUCUGUGCUGUUACGGGAAUUGGCAUGUGCUGGGAAUGUAGCGGACGCCACUCUAUCCGCCCAGGCAACACCUCUUCUUCAUGCACUAACUGCAGCACAUGCUUACAUCAUGAUGUUUGUCCACACGUGCAGGGUAGGACAGAGUGAGAUCCGUGCCAUCUCUGUAAAUCAGUGGGGAUCCCAGCUGGGUCUCAAUGUCUUGAACAAGCUAAGCCAACUCUACUGUUCUCUGGUGUGGGAAAGCACAGUCUUGUUAUCUCUCUGCACCCCCAACAGCUUGCCAGUUGGAUGUGAAUUUGGGCAGGCAGAUAUGCAGAAAUUGGCUCCAAAGGAUGAGAAGACGGCAGGUACAUCGCUACAUGGAGCCAAGAGGGCAGAUGGGGAGCCUGAAGUUUCUGCUGUUAGUGAAGAAGCCACUGGUUUAUUGGAAGGCAUCGGGCUUGAUGGUGACACUUUGGCUCCAAUGGAAACCGAUGAACCCAGUACCUCUGACCCCAAGGCGAAACCAAAGAUUACUCCUGCAAUGGCAGCCAGAAUAAAACAGAUUAAGCCUUUAUUAUCGGCAUCUUCUAGGCUAGGUCGCGCCCUGGCUGAGCUUUUUGGCCUUCUAGUCAAACUUUGUGUUGGGUCUCCUGUCCGCCAAAGAAGAAGCCAUCAUGCAGCAAGUACCACUACAGCCCCAACUCCAGCUGCCCGCUCUACAGCAUCCGCUCUAACAAAAUUACUAACCAAGGGACUUUCUUGGCAGCCUCCUCCCUACACACCAACUCCCAGGUUCAGGCUCACAUUCUUUAUCUGCUCGGUUGGUUUUACCUCCCCCAUGCUCUUUGAUGAGCGCAAAUAUCCAUAUCACCUCAUGCUGCAAAAAUUCCUCUGCUCUGGUGGACACAACGCUCUCUUUGAAACUUUCAACUGGGCUCUUUCAAUGGGUGGGAGAGUACCUGUUGCAGAGGGCCUUGAACACACAGAUCUUCCAGAUGGUACUGGAGAGUUCCUGGAUGCUUGGCUCAUGUUGGUGGAAAAGAUGGUGAACCCCACAACAGUACUAGAGUCUCCCCACUCUCUACCACCAACUAAGUUACCAGGAGGACAGAACUUUCCUCAGUUUAGCUCAUUGCGUUUCCUUGUGGUCACACAGAAGGCAGCUUUCACUUGCAUCAAGAAUCUUUGGAACCGUAAGCCCUUGAAAGUGUAUGGUGGUCGCAUGGCUGAAUCUAUGCUUGCCAUCUUAUGCCACAUUCUCCGUGGAGAGCCUGUAAUACGGGAACGCCUGAGCAAAGAGAGAGAGGGCAGCCGUGAAGAAGAGGGCCAACAAGAUGAAAGUGGAGCCAGGAGGGAGCCCCAAGUGAACCAGCAACAACUUCAGCAGGUGCUCAUGGAUAUGGGAUUCACAAGGGAGCAUGCAAUGGAAGCCUUGCUCAACACUAGUACCAUGGAGCAGGCCACCGAAUACCUUCUCACCCACCCGCCACCUCUUAUUGGAGGUGUUGUACGGGACUUGAGUAUGUCAGAGGAAGAUCAGAUGCUGAGAGCCAUUGCCAUGUCGUUGGGACAAGAUAUCCCUAUGGAACAGAGGGCAGAGCUGCCCGAGGAAACUGCUCGUCGUAAAGAGGAGGAGGAACGCAAAGCACGUGAAAAGCAAGAGGAGGAGGAGGCAAAAUGUCUGGAGAAAUUUCAAGAUGCCGAACCGCUUGAGCAGGAUGAGCUUCAUGGGUUUACAGACACAAUGCUUCCAGGAUGCUUCCACUUAUUGGAUGAGUUGCCGGACACAGUGUAUCGUGUGUGUGACCUUAUUAUGACUGCCAUAAAGCGCAAUGGGGCAGACUACAGAGACAUGAUACUCAAGCAAGUGGUUAACCAGGUUUGGGAAGCUGCAGAUGUUCUUAUUAAAGCCGCCCUUCCGUUGACAACUAAUGACACUAAAACGGUGUCAGAAUGGAUCAGUCAAAUGGCUACCCUUCCUCAAGCUUCCAACCUGGCCACUCGCAUCCUUUUGCUAACGCUACUUUUUGAGGAGCUGAAGCUGCCAUGUGCCAGGAUUGUGGAGACGAGUGGCAUUCUUAAUGUUCUGAUAAAACUGCUGGAAGUGGUUCAGCCCUGUCUUCAAGCAGCAAAAGAGCAGAAGGAAGUACAGACCCCCAAGUGGAUUACACCAGUCUUGCUGCUGAUUGAUUUUUAUGAGAAAACCUCAAUUUCUUCCAAGAGGAGAGUGCAAAUGAACAGGUAUUUACAAUCGAAUGGUAACAAUUGGCGUUGGUUUGAUGACAGAUCAGGCCGCUGGUGCAGCUACAGUGCUAGCAACAACAGUACCAUUGACACUGCAUGGAAAGCUGGAGAAACAUGCGUGCGCUUCACUGCCGGCCGUCGGAGAUACACUGUUCAGUUUACCACCAUGGUGCAGGUAAAUGAGGAAACUGGAAAUAGACGGCCUGUAAUGCUAACCUUACUGCGUGUCCCGAGGUUGCUCAAGGGUGGAAAGAAUGGAAAUGGGCAAGAACUGGAAAAGACAUUAGAGGAAGGAAAGGAAAUGGAGACAAAACCAAAAGAAGACAGCGUUUCUGAGUCCACUCCAGCAUCAGAAACCACUCCCACAGAAAAGGAAUCCCCUGUUGAAGAGCCAAAAGUUGGGGAUAUUGUUAUCCAGGGACUGACUGAAGAGAUGGUGACUGUCUUGAUUCGUUCAUGUGUCAGCAUGUUGGGCGUUCCUGUGGAUCCUGAUACAUUACAUGCAACUUUGCGGUUGUGCCUACGUCUUACCCGUGACCACAAGUAUGCCAUGAUGUUUGCAGAGCUGAAAAGCACGCGCAUGAUCCUUAGCUUGAACCAAACAUCUGCGUUCAAUGGCUUUACUCCGCUCGUCACUCUUCUCUUCCGACACAUAAUAGAGGAUCCGUGCACUUUGCAGCACACAAUGGAAAAGGUUGUGCGUUCUGCAGCCACCAGUGGGGCUGGAAGCACCACAUCUGGUGUAGUAUCUGGAAGCUUAGGUUCUCGAGAGAUAAAUUACAUUCUUCGAGUUUUGGGCCCAGCUGCUUGUCGAAAUCCAGAUAUUUUCACAGAGGUGGCAAAUAACUGUAUACGAAUAGCUCUGCCUGCACCCAGAGGAUCUGGAACAGCCUCUGAUGAUGAGUUUGAAAACCUUCGCAUCAAGGGUCCUAAUGCUGUCCAGCUAGUAAAGACAACACCUGUAAAGCCCUCUACUCUUCCAGUCAUCCCUGAGACUAUUAAGGAUGUGAUCUACGACAUGCUGAAUGCAUUGGCUGCCUACCAUGCUCCAGAGGAAGUUGCAGAAAAGACUGAGCCGAAGCCCGUGGCUAUGAAUCAAGAAGUCAGUCAGAUCUUGCAGGACAUGGGUGAUGAGGUUUUCCAGCAAUACCGUGAUCUGACCCGACAGGGCAGUGAUUUCGAUGCUCAGAGCAGCUUUGCCCUGAAUGCACGUGUGUUUACAGCAGACAGUACAUCCACUGAGACUCCUCAAUCUGGAACGCCACAAGGAGAAGCAGCAUUAACACCUGAGGAAAAUAGAGAAGGAGGAAAGAAGGAUAAGGAAUCUGAGCGAAUUUCGGAGGAGGGGAGAUUAAAGGCAAGAGCCAGUAAACCUUUGCUUCCUACUUCUACCAUCCUCAGAUUAUUGGCUGAGCUGGUCAGGUCCUAUGUGGGUAUUGCCACACUCAUUGCCAACUACAAUUACACAGCAGGACAGUCAGAGCUUAUUAAAGAGGAUUGCAGUGUGCUGGCAUUUGUUUUGGACCACCUCUUACCACACACUCAGAAUGCUGAGGACAAGGACACACCAGCUCUUGCCCGUCUGUUCCUGGCUAGCCUUGCUGCAGCGGGAAGUGGCACUGAUGCACAGGUGGCACUUGUGAAUGAGGUGAAGGCAGCUCUUGGCAGAGCAUUGGCUAUGGCUGAGAGCACAGAGAAACACGCCAGAUUGCAGGCGGUAAUGUGCAUUAUAAGUACGAUCAUGGAGUCCUGUCCAUCCACCUCUAGUUUCUAUAGCACUGCAACCACCAAAACCCAGCACAAUGGAAUGAAUAACAUCAUCCGACUCUUCCUCAAGAAGGGUCUCGUUAGCGAUUUGGCUCGCGUGCCGCACAGCCUUGAUCUGUCCAGCCCAAACAUGGCAAACACUGUAAAUGCAGCACUCAAACCUCUGGAGACUCUUUCUCGUAUUGUGAACCAGCCUAGCAGCCUGUUUGGAAACAAAGGGGCUUCAGGAAAGAACAAAUCUGAGCAGGACACCCAUGGAGCCACCAGAGACCCAAACAGUAACCAGCCAGACACAGGUGAAGCCGGAGCUGAGGCUCAAGAGGAGGAUCAAGAUGCAUCCCAAGCUGAAGUAAAUGAUGGGGACAUUAUGGAUGGGGAGACAGAGACUGACACUGUGGUUAUUGCAGGGCAACCCGAAGUCCUCAGCAAUCAGGAGAUGCAGGUGGAAAACGAACUUGAAGAUUUGAUAGAUGAGCUCCUAGAGAGGGAUGGCGCUGCAGUGAACAGAGUUGGGGAAGAUGAAUCUCAAGAGGAUGUGUUGAUGGAUGAAGCUCCAACCAACCUCAGUCAAGCUUCUACCCUUCAGGCAAACCGAGAAGAUUCUAUGAAUAUCCUAGACCCAGAGGAUGAGGAGGAGCACACACAGGAGGAAGACAGCAGUGGCAGUAAUGAAGAUGAGGAUGACAGUCAAGAGGAGGAGGAGGAAGAAGAGGAAGAUGAAGAUGACCAGGAUGAUGAGGAAGGUGAAGAAGGAGAUGAGGAUGACGAUGAUGAUUGCUCAGAGAUGGAGCUCGAUGAGGAUUACCCAGACAUGAAUGCUUCUCCUCUUGUACGCUUUGAGCGCUUUGAUCGGGAGGAUGAUCUCAUCAUAGAGUUCGAUAGCAUGUUCUCCAGUGCCACUGAUAUACCUCCUUCUCCUGGUAACAUCCCUGCAACGCAUCCUCUAAUGGUGCGCCAUGCAGACCACAGUGCCCUCACCCUUGGCACCGGUACAUCUACAACGCGUCUUGCACAGGGCAUUGGAAGAAGCCAGCGAACACUUCGACAACUUACAGCUAAUACUGGGCAUACUAUACAUGUUCACUACCCUGGCAACAGGCAGCCGAACCCACCUUUAAUCCUACAGAGGUUGCUUGGCCCCUCAGCUGCCGCUGAUAUCCUGCAGCUGAGUAGUAGUCUUCCUCUGCAGAGUCGUGGUCGGGCACGUCUCCUGGUAGGCAAUGACGAUGUCCACAUCAUUGCUCGGUCAGACGAUGAGUUGCUGGAUGACUUCUUCCAUGACCAGAGCACAGCCACUAGUCAGGCUGGCACUCUUUCCAGCAUCCCAACUGCACUGACUCGUUGGACAGAAGAAUGUAAAGUUUUAGAUGCUGAGAGCAUGCAUGACUGUGUGUCAGUUGUUAAAGUCCCCAUAAUAAACCACUUGGAGUCUCUGCGGGAUGAGGAACUUGAGGAGCGGCGGGAAAAACGUCGUAAGCAGCUGGCAGAAGAAGAUGCUAAGAUGGCAGAGAAGGCGAAGGAAGAGAAGGAAUCCAAAGAGCAAAAUCCACAGGGUGCCAAUUCCAAGCGAAGUACACCAUUCGAGUUGAGCCUUGCAGAGCAAGAUGCUAGUGGGAAUCCUGAGAACUUCCCUACUGCUCCUUCAUCUGCUGAGGGAACCCCUACAAGCCCUGAACUGGUUCCCCUUGAUCCAACUCUAAGAUCUCAUCCCCCUGAGGCCUCGUUGGCUGAGCUGCCUCAAAGUUUGCAGAUCGAGUCAGGAGCAGAUGAUGGUGGGCAGUUGUUAAUGCCAACUGAUCAAGAGGAAUCUGGGCCAGGAAGACCUAAUAUAGAAGGGGAUGCCACUCAAAUGGAACUCUCUCCAGCCCCUACCAUCACUUCUUUGUCACCAGAGAGAGCAGAGGAUUCGGAUGCUUUGACUGCUGUUAGCAGCCAGCUGGAGGGCUCCCCAAUGGACACUAGUAGCCUCGCCUCAGGGCCCCUUGAGGAAGGGGUUGGGGAAGCAUCUGGUGUUGUAAAUCCAGAGCAGUCACUUGUGAGCAGUAGUAUUGCUGUUGGCCAGCAGCCAGUGGAACCACCACUUUCAAGUGGCAGUCAAGUAGUAGUCUCUCAACACAGUAAUGACAGCUCUCCAUCAGCUUCUUCUUCUGAAUUGCCUUCUGCAAGAGAUUCUACUGUAGCUUUGUUGGCAACAGACUCGAGUGGCAUUCUUGAGGAACCCCUGCCCUCCACAAGUAGUGAAGAAGAAGAUCCAUUAGCAGGUAUAAAUCUUCCAGAAGGAGUAGACCCAUCCUUCCUUGCAGCUCUUCCAGAAGAUAUCCGGAGAGAGGUGCUCCAGAACCAAUUGGGCAUUAGGCCGCCUGUGAGGCCUCCACCCACUGCAGCUCCAGUGAUUCCACCACCUGUUUUGGGUAGUGCUGGAGUAACUGAAGUCAGUCCAGAGUUCUUGGCAGCAUUACCACCAGCUAUACAGGAAGAGGUGCUGGCCCAACAGAGAGCAGAGCAGCAAAGACGUGAACUCGCACAGAACACCACAUCUGACACCCCUAUGGAUCCUGUGACUUUUAUUCAGACCUUGCCAUCUGACCUUCGUCGUAGUGUGCUUGAGGAUAUGGAGGAUAGUGUUCUAGCAGUAAUGCCACCUGACAUUGCUGCGGAGGCACAGGCCCUGCGCAGAGAACAAGAAGCACGACAAAGGCAGCUUAUGCAUGAACGGCUGUUUGGUCACAGCAGCACCUCUGCACUUUCUGCUAUUCUCAGGAGCCCAGCUUUCACAAGCCGGUUGAGUGGGAAUAGAGGGGUCCAGUACACACGUCUGGCUGUGCAGAGAGGAAGCACCUUUCAAAUGAGUGGGAGCAGUACACAUACCAGCAGGCCAGCAGGAAGCAAUGUGGACAGCCUGCUGCGACUCAGAGGACGCUUGUUACUUGAUCAUGAGGCACUCUCCUGUCUUCUUGUGCUGCUGUUUGUGGAUGAACCCAAGCUUAACACCAGUCGCUUGCAUCGUGUCCUGAGGAACCUCUGUUACCAUGCACAAACCCGCAACUGGGUAAUUAGAAGCUUACUGUCCAUUCUGCAACGCAGCAGUGAAAGUGAGCUUUGUAUAGAGAGCCCAAAGACUCCUAUAGGAGGACCAGAUAAAAGAGCCAAGGCUUGCUCUUCCAGCCAUGACAACCGUCCCUUAGAAUUGAUUCCAUCCUGUGCAGCUAAGAACUCAAACCAGCUCUCCUGGCUCUCUGUGUCAAUGGACGCUGCUCUUGGUUGCCGUACCAACAUCUUCCAAAUCCAGAGGACUCUAGGGCGCAAGCACACUGAAAAGCAUGCAGCCUGUGGCUCCACUGUUCACAUACACCCACAAGCAGCUCCGGUGGUUUGCAGGCAUGUGUUGGACACACUGAUACAGUUGGCAAAGGUAUUCCCCAGUCAUUUCACACAGCAGCGGACCAAAGAGUGCAGUGUAGAAACCAGUGAGAGCAGGGAGAGGAGUAUAAAACUGACUUGCAGUCCGUGCCUUGCACCGUCGAGCAGCACCGGGGCAGGCAACAUUUCCACGGACUUUUGGGACUUGCUAGUUAAACUGGACAACAUGAAUGUUAGCCGGAAAGGAAAAACCUCUGUCAAGUCUAUCCCAGUGAGCUCUGGGGCUGAGGGUGAGUCCUCUCAGUGCAGUCUGGAGGCUUCACCUCUGGGUCAGCUCAUGAAUAUGUUGUCGCACCCUGUCAUCCGGCGGAGUUCACUACUUACUGAGAAGCUGCUACGUCUUCUUUCUCUCAUUUCUAUUGCCCUUCCUGAUAACAAAGCUCAAGAAUCAUUGGCAAUUGCAUCAAAUGCAAUUGCACCUGUUCCUGCACCCACCCCUGCAACAGCACCAGUACCUCUACCUGUACAGGCUGUAACCGUGCCAACUGCCAUCACUACAAAUGUAGUGUCAACGGUUACAAAAAGUGGCAAGUCUCCUGCAAAAUCCAGUGAAGGCAGCAGUCUACCUGAAAAGAUGGCUGCUUCAGGGCUUACUGAGAAACAGCUUCAACUUUCUGUUGAGGUUCUGACAUCCCACUCAUGUUCUGAGGAAGGGUUGGAGGAUGCAGCAAAUGUGUUAUUACAGCUGUCGCGGGGUGAUCCUAGCACAAGGGACACUGUGCUCAAACUGCUUCUUAGUGGAGCCCAUCACUUAGGAUACACACUGUGUAAACAGAUUGGUACUCUCUUAGCAGAGCUACGGGAAUACAACCUGGAGCAGCAGAGACGUAUUCAGUGUGAGGCAAUUUCUCCAGAUGGAUUGCCAGAAGAGCAGCCUCAGAAUGCCAAGGCUAAGGGCAAAAUGCAGAGCAGGUCUCUCCCCACCCCGUCCCUACGGUCCAGGUUCGACAUUGCAGAGAACGUGGUGAUUGUGGCAUCCCAGAAACGCCCACUAGGAGGAAGGGAGCUGCAGUUGCCUUCCAUGUCCAUGCUGACUUCGAAGACUUCCACGCAGAAAUUCUUCCUGAGAGUACUGCAGGUCAUCAUCCAGCUAAGGGACGACACUCGCAGAGCCAACAAGAAGGCAAAGCAGACCAGCAGACUAGGAGCUGCUAGUCUGGCCUCGGCUAGCAGCAUCCAGGCAGCUGUGCAGCAGCUGGAGGCUGAGGCUGAUGCCAUUAUACAAAUGGUACGUGAGGGUCAAAGGGCGCGGAGACAGCUGCAAACUGCAACGGCGGAAGGAUCUACUCGACGAGAAGAAUCUCCAAUGGAUGUUGACCAGCCAUCUCCUGUCACACAGGACACUCAGUCAGUUGCUUCUGAAGGAUCCCAGCCUGCUGAGAAGAAAGAGGAAGAGCGGUUGCCAGAACUGCCACUACUGAGUGAGCAGCUAAGUCUAGAUGAAUUGUGGGACAUGCUGGGAGAAUGUCUGAAAGAAUUGGAGGAGUCACAUGACCAGCAUGCUGUGUUAGUUCUUCAGCCUGCAGUAGAAGCCUUUUUCCUUGUCCACGCAACAGAACGAGAAAGCAAGCCUCCAGUACGGGAUACACGAGAAAGCCAGUUGUCUCAUAUCAAAGAUGAGCCCCCUCCUUUGUCCCCAGCGCCACUCACACCUGCUACGCCUUCUUCCUUGGAUCCCUUCUUUUCUCGGGAACCUUCAGCUAUGCACAUCUCAUCCAGCCUGCCUCCAGACACACAAAAGUUUCUUCGUUUUGCAGAAACACACCGCACUGUGUUAAACCAGAUUCUCCGGCAGUCCACCACUCAUUUAGCGGAUGGGCCCUUCGCUGUACUUGUGGAUUAUAUCAGAGUCCUCGACUUUGAUGUGAAGCGCAAAUAUUUCCGCCAGGAGCUCGAGCGACUGGAUGAAGGGCUGCGCAAAGAAGAUAUGGCUGUCCAUGUAAGACGAGACCACGUGUUUGAAGACUCUUAUCGUGAGCUCCAUCGGAAAUCUCCAGAAGAAAUGAAAAACAGAUUAUACAUUGUGUUUGAGGGGGAAGAAGGCCAGGAUGCAGGUGGACUUCUCAGAGAAUGGUAUAUGAUCAUCUCAAGGGAGAUGUUCAAUCCCAUGUAUGCACUGUUCCGCACUUCACCUGGAGAUCGCGUCACUUACACCAUCAAUCCCUCAUCCCACUGCAACCCCAACCACCUCAGCUAUUUUAAGUUUGUGGGGCGUAUUGUUGCAAAAGCAGUGUAUGACAAUCGGCUGCUGGAAUGCUACUUCACACGGUCCUUCUACAAACACAUCCUCGGCAAGUCUGUCCGGUACACAGACAUGGAAAGUGAAGACUAUCAUUUCUACCAGGGUUUGGUCUAUCUGCUGGAAAAUGAUGUCUCCACAUUGGGAUAUGAUUUGACAUUUAGCACAGAGGUUCAGGAAUUUGGAGUCUGUGAAGUCCGUGAUCUGAAGCCUAAUGGGGCAAACAUUCUCGUAACCGAGGAUAACAAAAAGGAAUAUGUUCACCUUGUGUGCCAGAUGAAGAUGACAGGUGCAAUUCGUAAACAGUUGGCUGCUUUCCUAGAGGGAUUCUAUGAGAUUAUCCCCAAACGUCUUAUCUCUAUCUUCACGGAGCAGGAGCUGGAACUGCUCAUCUCCGGCUUGCCCACCAUUGACAUAGACGACUUAAAAUCCAAUACAGAGUAUCACAAGUACCAGUCUAAUUCUAUCCAGAUUCAAUGGUUCUGGAGAGCACUGCGUUCUUUUGAUCAGGCUGACAGAGCCAAGUUCCUUCAGUUUGUGACUGGAACGUCUAAGGUUCCUCUACAGGGCUUUGCAGCUCUAGAAGGAAUGAACGGCAUCCAGAAAUUCCAAAUACACAGGGACGAUCGAUCCACAGACAGGCUGCCUUCUGCACACACAUGUUUCAACCAGUUGGACCUUCCAGCCUAUGAGAGCUACGAAAAGCUACGUCACAUGCUGCUUUUGGCCAUCCAGGAGUGCUCUGAGGGGUUUGGCCUAGCCUAGGAAGGCCUUCCUGUGUUUUUUUUUUUUCUACUGUUGGACUUUAGUGAGAGAUUAAGAAAAAUAAAGCCAUGCAUCGAUCUCGCUCACCCUGCUGGCGCCAAGAAGAGGGACUUGCCUUCUGAAGUUGCCGUCUGUUUCACUUCCCUUUUGAUGGUGAAGUGUCUGUGCUGAGACUUGAAAAACACUGCUCGGAGGGACAUGGAGAACAGAGAGGAGCAGGGGGGAAAAUUAUAUAUAAAUAUAUAAAUAUAUAUUUUUUUCUGUUUUGCUUUUCUUCCGUUUUGCUUAAGGAUGAGUUAUGAUGCUCAACUUUUCCAAAAGAAAAGCUCCGACCGCAGGGUUAAAGAGGCUGGUGAAGUUAAAUGGUAAAAAAAAAAAAAAAAAAAAUGUGAAAAAAGGCGAACUGAUAAAAGGUCUGAAAACUAGAGCACUCUUGUUAAGAAAUAGCCACUACUCCCGACGCUAUUUUUUAUUUUUUUUCUCCGCUUCAAAUAAAUUACUGAGGUGUUUACCUGUAAAUAAACCACUGAAUGGAAAAAUAACCCUAUUGAUCCUUUUUUUUUUUUUUUUUUUUUUAAUUUAACUUUAUGCCCCUCUCUGUUGGUGCUUGGAAUGUUGGGAUGGGGUGUGCAGUUGUAGUAGAGCCGAAGCCAGGAGGGGGUUGGCAUUUUUGCAGUUCUUGGAACAUACAUCUAGUAAGCUAAGCUGCCUAUUGGGGGAGGUAGGGGGGAAGUAAAUUAAAAUAAAAAAUAAAAAAAACUUCCAUCUUCCUGGAAUCUACUUUAUGUGUGAAGUUAAAAGGAUAAGGAGAAAAGUUGUGCUGUUUUCCCAUUUUUGUUUUUCUAGUUUUGUUUUUUUUUCUUAUUUUAUUUUUUUUAUUUUUUUUAUUUCCAGGUAUAAUUUACAUAGAUAUGAAAAAGUAAACUGGAAAACAAAUUCAGCUAAGGUUAAUUUUGUUUGGAUUUUUUUCCUCCCUGCAAUUCCCUUAUAUUUAUUCUUUAUCCUUAUUGAUUUAAUGUUUGGACUGCUAGGAUUUUCUGAUUUUUUUUUUUUUUUUUUUUUUUUUUUUUUUUUUACACAUUUCUCAAAUCAAAAUAAAAAGAAAGAUGAAGAAAAAAUACACAAAGGGUUUCUCUGCAAGUUUUCAGACUUUGAGGAGAGCUUGUGGCUGAAGUUGUUGUGUGCUGUGAUUUUGGAGGGAGGUCUGAGGUGUAGUAGUAGAUCCGGACGAAGUUAUUGGCGUUUUUCUGCCAGAUCUUAUUCUUAGCCUGCCAGUCUUGGUUCACAUCCCACAUGCUGUGCACAAAAUAGGGAUUAAGCACUUCUGUCAACUAGACCAUUCGGGAGUUAAUGCAAGUGGUUAAAUAAAGGUUUAGUUUGAAAGCCAA